GCAACCAUGAGAAAGGCAGAUAGAUGUCGGUCUAUAAAAGGAAACGGGAACUGCUCCCUGGCUUUCAGGCUCCAACAUCAUUCUUUUGCCAAGAUGCUACAGCUAAAACUCUUUGCAGUGCUCCUGACUUGUCUGCUGCUGCUGGGUCAGGUCAAUAGUUCGCCAGUACCAGAAGUGAGUGCAGCAAAGAGGUCCCGGAGAAUGACCCCAUUUUGGAGAGGGGUUUCCCUCAGGCCCAUUGGUGCCUCAUGCCGGGAUGACUCUGAGUGUAUCACAAGACUAUGCAGAAAAAGACGCUGUUCCCUAAGUGUGGCCCAGGAGUGAUGUCCAUACUGGGGAAGAGUCACCUCCAACAGUGCUCCGUUCUGGGGAAUAUUGUUAACGACAUUUUGGUUGGAGAUAGAUAAGUGAAGUAAUCUUUGUUUUUAAUAUUUAAAAACAGAUACUUGCUUUAAACUGGUCUCCAUUUCUUAUUAGAAUGUUGUUGUUGAUUUGUAUAUAGACAUAACUUUGUCAGAGUUUAUUUUUCUAUAAAUACUAUUAAAUGUCUCAAAUCUAA